UCGUGAACUUUCAGUCCGUCCAUUAGUUUUCGAUUUCAUUGUAAAAUUCUUGUUUUUAUUUGUUCCUGAAUUAAUAAAUUACAUCUAACCACGAUGAAAAGCUAUCUUCAUUUGGUAGCGUUUUUAUUACUUUAUGUCAUGCAAGUUUUCAGCUUAGAAUGUUACGUGUGUGAAAAUCAGGAAGACAAUUCAGAAAAAUGUGUUAAGUCAAUCAAAACGUGUGAAUAUAAUCAAGACGUAUGUCUGACAGAAAUUCGUUGGGGUAGUACCCCAUACUGGUCCCAAGGCGCUAAGAAACAAUAUUAUAUUUCUAAGCGAUGCUCAAAUAAAACAGAAUGUGCCUUGACGAGACAGCGGUUCAUGCCUUUAUGCACACACAUUUGGUAUCAAGAUUGGGCGUGCUCCGAUUGUUGUCAAGGAGAUAGAUGUAAUUACUAUGUAAUUAGUGGCAGCCUGGCAGUGAAGCCAAUUACAAGUAUACUUACUGGUGUCUUAUUGUUGAACUAUCUGAUAACAAAAUAGCUAAAAGUUAAGCAAUACUUUUUUAUUAUAUUAAGGAUGAGGAAAGUAUCUCAUGUUUUAAAACUUUCUUUUAUGUUUCAAUACCAUUCCAUUACAUUAAUUACCAUACCAUUGAUUUGCCGUCCAGAUAUUAUUGUUUUUCUUAAUCAAUAAGGAUAGGAUAGUUGAUAGUUUGAUAUAUCGUCCCUGCAACUAGUUGACAUGAUAAAAGCCGCUGUAUAUAGCCAGCACAUUAUAUAAAUACCAAAAAUCACUCAAACAAAAUAGGUUUGUGCAGUGAUAAAAUGUUAGGAAACCUGUUAGUGCAAAACAUUAAAAGGUUAGAUAUUCUCCAUGUUUAUUGUAAAAUGGCUUUUACAUAGCGUUUAAAAAUCAUAGAG